AUGGCAGAAACGCGGACGGUGGCGCAGAUGCUAUCCCGGCGUGAGACGCUGCUUACAUCGUUGGGUCGGGCAGAAGCUCUCAUCGAAGGAUAUGUUGCAGAACGGGACCAAGCGCAGGCUUCAGUGCGUCUUCAAUAUCUCGACGGCAUCUGGAAUGGGCUCGAAGCUGUGCAGGCGCAGCUCGAGGACAACGAAACUACGGAUGAAGGUAGGGCAGAGCAUGCAUGUGUUUGUGAGCAGUUUGAAUCUCGGCUGUUUGAAAUUAAAGCUAGUCUCCUUGCAAAAUUACUUCCACUUCCCGUUAUUCAAGACCACAGCCCUCCUCCCAUUCGUAGUUCCUCCACUCUCUCUGGUAUCAAGUUGCCUACGAUCUCUUUGCCCGAAUUCGACGGUGAUUACAUGCAAUGGCUUGCAUUCCACGACACUUUCAUGGCGCUCAUUCACUCGAAUCCGGAGUUGCCGGAUAUUCAGAAGUUCCACUAUCUACGAGCAGCUGUCAAGGGUGAAGCUGCUCAGCUGAUAGAAUCCAUCGGAAUCAGUUCCGUCAACUACGCUACGACUUUGGAGAGCCGCUACUCUAACGACUAUUUGCUGAAGAAGAGACACCUGCAGGCGCUCUUCGACAUCCCUCGCAUGAAGAAGGAGUCCGCUGCGACGUUGCAUAGCCUGGUGGAUGACUUCGAGCGGCAUACGAAGAUUCUGCAGCAGCUGGGGGAACCAACCGAUUCCUGGAGCGCCAUCUUGGAGCAUCUUCCGUGCACGCGACUGCACGACGACUCACUGAAGGCUUGGGGGGACCACGCGUCAACAGUGGAGAACCCGGACUACGCCUGUCUCAUCGAUUUCCUACAGAGGAGAACCUGA